UUGUAAAAACCUCAAUUUUCCUUUCCCUGUCUCUCGUUCGCUUCGAGAAUUCGAAGCUUCAAACGCAGCAGAAAUGGCGGUUCAGUCGAACCACAAUGCAUCUUUUGGGAUCAGAAUAGCUUCACCUUCCGAGAAACUGUUCCUGAGACCUAGAGCUCAUCGUAUCUCGCUAUCAACGAAGUUCGAACCCUCUUCACAACCGUCGCUUUCGUGCUCCACUUGGAAUCCAGGUCAAAUUCCGACGAGGCUCUCCAGUUUCCGCCCCGGAAUAUUCGCAUCUUCCUCUUCUUCUGAUCCUACCUUCUCUUAUGAACCGCCAGAAUCUGAUUCCCCGCCCCUUAGUAAGAAGAAGCUGCGUGUGCUAGUGAAGCCGCUGGAGAAACCAAAGGUGGUACUAAAGUUUGUGUGGAUGCAAAAGGACAUAGGAGUUGCAUUAGACCAAAUGAUUCCAGGAUUUGGAACAAUCCCGCUUAGCCCAUACUACUUCUGGCCUAGGAAAGAUGCUUGGGAAGAGCUCAAAGCUUUGUUAGAGAGCAAGCCUUGGAUCUCUGAGCUUCAUCGCGUCUUCCUCCUAAACCAAGCUACAGACAUCAUCAAUCUAUGGCAAUCAAGCGGUGGAGAUUUGUCUUGAUCUAAUCUCGCUCUCAAAGUAUAGAGCUUUGUGUUUUUUUUGGUUAUCAGUCACUUUCGAUGUCAAAUCAUGUUUCUAUGUUUCUCAGUACUUCAUGUUGAGGAGAUUAAGUA